AUGAACAAAACAAACUCCUCCCCAUCAUCCCCCUCCCAAACUCGGCGGGGCGCCUUUGAAAAGUUCCGCCAGAAGAUCAGGCGCUCGAAAUCUGUCUCCUUUCCUGCUACAGAGCCGGAAAGUGAGCAGCAUCACGCAGCAGACGGGAGGGAACGGCGGCGGGCUAAUCGGGAUCGGCUGGAGGAGCCGGCGCAGGGGGCGAGUCCGCUGUUUAAACGGUGGGGGUGUGGAAGGAGGCCGAGUCUGGAUUUGAUUGCUGUUGCGGGCAUGAUGAUUGCUGCUGGGGAGCUGGACAGGCUUUCUUUGAGGGCGGACGAUGUGGAGAGGGUGAGGAGGGGGAGGGAGGGGGUGGGUUUGGUGAGUGAUGGUGGGCAGAUGUCUCCUCCCGGGUCGGGGGAUGGGAAUGGGAGUGGCGGCGGUGUAGUGGUAGUACCACCCAAUACACCAAAUACCGCUGUUGGGUCACCAGCUAGUCCGGUGAGUCCUGGCGGUGGGAUGGGGGAUAGUAGUAUCAUGGGGCGACAGUUGGGGUCUGCACUUUCGGCGGAGAGAAAAGAGGGGGGUUUUGCCCCGUUUCCGCCGGCGAAUACACCUGUUUUUGGGGGGAGCGGUGCGGUGACGCCCAGCAGCAGGUCGGGGUCGGGGUUGGGGUUGGGUGGUGGAAAGCAGAGAGCGGCUAGACCGAGCAAGCUGUCGGAGGUUCGGAGAUUUGAGGAGGUGGUGAGAAGGCUGUCGGUUUCUGACUCUGCGGUUUCGCCGGGGGCGAGGGAGACGGAGGAAGAGCCGGUUUAUAGGCUUGAGUCGUUUCCUGAGUUUCCUGAUGGUGGGGAUCACAGCGAGGACCGGUAUGAGAGCGGUGAGUCUACGCCUAGGUAUAAACCGGGAGAGCAUUAUUUUGUGGAGGGGGGGUUACAGUCUGGUGCUGGGGUGGGUGGAAGUGGAUUGAAAUUGAGGGGGCAUGGGGAUUGUGAGGAGGUUGAGGGGGAGCAUAAAGGGGAAGAGACACAUGCUAGGCCUGAUAUUUGGAGGUCUGAGGAUGGGGUUGGGUCGGGGGAGGGGUGGGUUUCUUCUACUAGGGAUUCCAAGGGGUCGAGGUUGUCGUUUGCGACUUCGGAGGAGAGGAGGAGGAGUUGGUUGGAUGUUGCUAGACGGGCGACGAAGGGGAGGUGGGAUCACGAGCUGGAGGAGUGUAGGGGGCUGACGGAGGAAGAGGAGGGGGAUGGGAAGGAGGGGCUUGUGAUGAAGAGGAAGCAUACUAUGGCUGACAUUGUGGAACUGUUGAGGUCGGGGAAGGGGGUGCAGAAGGAGUGA